AUGGCUUCUCCUGGAGCGAAGCUGGUGCUCGUGGCGUCCACGGAGGACUACAAUGUCCCUGAAAUCAUCCAGUUAUCUAGAGAGUCGACGGUACUCGGGCGAAGUUCAAAAACUUGUGAUGUCACUCUGGACGCGGCUCCCACCAAGACCAUUUCACGGAAACACGCCGAGAUUUUUUGCGGGAAAGGAAAGCGGGGGCCGAAGACCUACACCCUUCGAGACCUGGGGUCUACCAACGGGGUGUUCGUCAAUGAAUUUAAGGUUCAAGAGCAGCGUCUCAGGCACGGAGAUGUGGUGCAGUUCGGAGGCGCGGCCGACAUUCCGGUAGGAACCCGCUUUGGCGGCACCGGCAGCCGCAUCAGAUAUCGAUUUGAGCACAAACUUGCAGGCUCCCCCAACACGAAUUCCAAGAGACGGCGUGGGUCGAACCCCGACGCGCCUGCGACAAAUCGACCAAAGAUCGUCCGCGCAGAUACGCUAGAUGCGGCGGAUACUCUCCGUGCCAUUAGCAACGGCUCUUCGGUGACGAGAGGAAUCGGUCCCGAUAAGGCACGCGCCGGAGGCGGGGGCGACACUGCUGGGGGGGGUAGCGUGCGGGGGACUGGCGGUGCCGGUGGGGUGGUGGACGGUGGUGGGGGCGAAACGCCGAGCAUGGUGAUGGAGGUACUCCGCGACGCCAUGUGCGGGCUGUGCUCUGAGCUCCUGCUGGAUGCCGCCGUGUUGCCGUGCUCUCACAGCUUCUGCAGGCUGUGCUGGGCUGAACACGUUGAGGAGAAGGGCACAACUUGCCCUGUAUGCCUGAGGAAAAUGCAUUCCUCGGAGCGUACCCCCCGGCGCUGCUCUAACCUGGAUCUGCUCAUCACAUCCAUCAUCCAUAAGCUGGCAGGCCCAGAGGAGCGAGCGCGAUGGACGGCACGGCAAGAGGAGGCGCAAAAGCGGGCCGCGGUGGCGGCGAGAAAGGCACGCCAACAAGGGAGCAACAACGGACCAGCUGCUCCAGGAACGCGUAAAGCGGGGCAGGUUCCAAGCUCCGCUGCCGAGUCGAAGCCUAGCCCGGCGCGGGGCGUUCGCUCCACCGGAAGCAAAAGCAACAACAACGGCGUCUUCCCUCCGGAGAGAAGCUCCCGUGGCGAUGGUAACCAAGGAGGGGGAAGCACGAAGAGAUUGGCACCGUCGGGGAUAGCUGGUGGUGGUGCAAACAGCUCGGUUGCGGCGGCGGCAAGAUGUGAAGGGUGCGACGAGGAAGGGCACGAGUUUCGGGAGUGUCCUCACCGAUCGGAUAGCGCUUUGGAAGGGUCGGAAGAAGAGGAAGAAGAGGACGAGGAGGAGGAGGAGGAGGAGGACCAAGACGAAGAUGACGAAAAUUCGGACGACGGGUGAUCUCAUGUGACGGAUUUAGACGAUUUUGGCCCUGCGUGCUCGCUCUUGCAUGGCCUACGGGUAGCAUGGCAGCGUGUCGUUUACGGAGUAUUUGGCAUAGGAGGUAGAUAUAGUGUGCACCGGAAAGACGCCACGGGUUUUGGUCUUUUGUUUCAUGUGCCAAGGCCGGGUACGAGGUCGGUGUACUAUGCAUACGGCAGUGGGUUACUGUGGGCUUGUAAUAGGUUUGCCUGCGAUAGGAGCCGCCAUAAUAACUGUUCAUGCUGU